AUGCGAGACCUGGCGUGUGUGCGCGAUGCAGCUGCUGGCCAACGCAGCCCUGCGACGCUCGUUGGCUAGCACUUGGCCAAAUUUUUUUAGCUUUUGGCUAGUAGGGUUACGCUAGGCGUGCAAAAAGGGAAGAGGCAAAACUGGGCCUGUGCCGCUUAACCUCGCCUACAAAUUGGCAACUAGUACUUGCGCUACACCUUUGACAGCCCUCUGCCGCUGUGGACGCCGUACGGUCGCCUCGCGUGCCGUAGUUUUGUUUGUACUGCAUACAACUGUGAUUGGGUCAGACCCGAGAAGCAGCACCAUGGCGACCGAAGGGACGCCGUUCCGCGAUAGGUACGCCAGCGAGGCGCGCGCGGCCGCGGCACGCGCGCACGCGCCGCCAUUGGAAGAACCCCCGACGCCCGUGCCCCGGCGGCGUGCACGCGCCGUCGUCGCCCGCGCCGCGACCGACCGCCCCGACGCCGACGCCGCCUUCCAAAUUACUGCAGCGCUACCUCGCCUCCGAGGCGACGAAGAUACCGGAAUCGAGCGCAUCGGGCGGCGCGGCCCUUGAGGCGGAGGUACGAGCGCGGACACGCGCCUUGGAGCUCGAGGUGGCGCGCGCCGACGGUGCGAGCGCGGUCGCCCGUGCCGACGGUGCGAGCGCGCACACGACGUACCAUGGCCGGCGGCGCGUGCGAAACGACGGUGACGGCCUCGACGGCGCGGCGCGCGGCGUCGACGCCGCGGCUCGGGCGGUGCGGCGCGCGCGGGCCGCGAGCGCGCGCGUGGACAAAGAGAACGACGCCGGCGUCUCGCUCGAGGUCCUCAAGUUGGCGCGAGACGUCGCUCGCCACAUCGAGGCCUCGAGCCGCGUGCUCCAGGACGCGACGGCAGUGCUGGCGAAGUUCGAGGAUCCGGCGAACGAGAAGGCUUUGUCUAGAGAUCAGGUCCGAGCGUUCGACGCGGACGGUGGCGCCGAAACGGCAGCUCCGGCGCGUCCGGGCGACGAGGACGCUUGGACGGACGGCAGCUCAGGUGCCCUGACGCCGCGGCGCGAUGCUGCGCCCUGCGCGGAGUCGGACGCCUGGACGGACGCCUCGGACGACGAACCCCCGCCUCCGCCGACGCCGCCCCCCGAGGACUGACCAUUUUGCAAGUAAAAAAACAAAAUACACAUCUA